UGUUGUGUCUUCUGCGCAUGCGCCACUACAAGGGAGCGCUGUCGAGGUCGAAUUGACUCUUGGUUAAAAUAAAAGAGGCAAAAUGCCUUCAGACUUUGAUAAAGGAGCGUAUCCGGAGCCUCCUCGGCAGACUCCGGCUGUGGACAAACAGACGGCACUGCCAAACCCAGCUCUGAUCCUGUCCAAACUCUUUUAUUACUCCGUGGACCUGCCUGUCACCACAUUUAGAGAUGCUAUUGACAGCAUUCGGUCUAAAAACAAGGCUGUCUACUACCACCAGAAGUUCCGCCGUGUCCCUGACCUGACCGAGUGCCAGGAGGGGGAUUAUCUGUGCUACUAUGAGGCUGAGAUGCAGUGGAGGAGAGACUACAAAGUGGACCAGGAGAUUGUGAAGGUGAUCCAGGAGCGUCUGAGGGCCUGCCAGCAGAGAGAGGGAGCCAGCUACAUGCAGAACUGUACCAACGAAAUCAAGCAGUUCAACGAGGUGUCCAAGGACUUCCAGUCCCGCUAUGGAGACCUGGGAGCAUACGGCAGUGCAAGGAAAUGUUUAAUGAAGCAAAAAGAACGGAUGAUGGCAGCUCAGGCUCAGAGUGCUUAAGAACAGUUCUCCAACUAUCUGUCCUGUGUAAUAAUUGUAAAAUAAAAUGUAUGUGGUCAA